AUGGCGGCGGCGGCGGCGGCGGCGCAGCAGCAGCAGCGCCUGGAGGUGGUGGGGCUGCUCCGGGCGCCCGCCUUCCACCGGGCGAAGAACGCGGCGGAGAGCCUGAAGAAGAGCUUUCCCACCAAAUUUGCCGAACCAGUCGUUAUUCCUCUUAUGGAAUUUGCUUGGAAUGAAUAUUUGCAAGAGAAAAAAAAGGAAUUCCGGGGUGAGACGUGGGUUUAUCCGUCCUGCGUGAUGUGUUUUCACGACGGCCAGCUCCUGGGGGAUGAGAACGCCCUGCUGGCGUGGUCUUCCGAGAAGUGGGAUUUUCAGGAUUCCAAGCCCAAGGCCCUCUACGAAGCGAUUGCCGCGGAUUUCUGCAUCAACUAUCUGCAAAACCCCCAGCACGAUUUUGUGUAUUUGGACAUUGCUAUUCAGGACGAGUCCGUCGGGAGAUUGGUGUUUGAGCUCUUUUCCAGCGACUGUCCCAAAACCUGCGAAAAUUUUCAGACUCUGUGCACGGGAAAAGCCGGGAUUUCCCCCCGCGGAGCGAGACUCCAUUACAAAGAUUCCGUCUUUCAUCGACUCGUUAAAAACGGUUGGAUACAAGGAGGAGAUAUAACCUCUGGGAAAGGAGAUGGCGGCGAAUCAGUGUACGGACCAACAUUUGAAGAUGAGAACUUUUCCGUCCCCCAUGGGAAAAGAGGGACUCUGGGAAUGGCGAAUCGGGGACGUCACAGCAAUGGAUCGCAAUUCUACAUCACCCUGCAGCCCGCGCCCUACCUGGAUCGAAAGCAACUGAUCGAAGGGACGGACGUUCUCCGUAAACUGGAAGAUGUGGUAACGUGCAACGAGAGACCGGUACUGGAUUGUAAAAUCAUCGACUGCGGCGUUCUUUAUCUCUGAUUUCCAGGCCGGUUUUCCCCUGCCGUGAUUCAUUUUCGGAUAUUUCCGAUGGAUCUUUUCUAGAUUCUAAAGAAGCAAAUACACCGAUUUAUCCCCAUCUAUUUGGGGCUAA